AUGAAUCCAGUGCACGAAGAGCCACAAUUUAAAAUACCAUCGCAUUGCAAAGCUGGUGUCGUUGUCAAUGAGGGCCCAAAUUUCCGUGUUGAGGUCCAGAUGGUACCAGUGCCCGAACCAGGUCCUGAAGAUGUAUUGGUUCGCCUCAACUUCACCGGUAUAUGCUCAUCUGAUAUCCAUGUGAUGAAAGGGGAUAUAGGCAUGCCGCGUAUGUCAAAGUUUGGUGUUCGGUCCCCCGGUCAUGAGGGUGCGGGAAUUGUCGUCAAAAUUGGUGCCAAUGUGAAGAAUCUGAGGCCAGGAGACCGAGCCGGCAUUAAGCCACUGAUGAAUACGUGUGGUUCAUGUCAUCUAUGCUGGGAUAACAAAGAGACCUAUUGCAAAUCGGCAACUCACACGGGUUUGAUGACAGCUGGCACAUACCAGCAAUAUCUGGUCUCUCCUGCUCGAUAUGUGACACCAAUCCCUGAUGGGGUCCCGGACGAGAUUGCCGCACCUAUUAUGUGUAGCGCCAGCACUAUGUAUCGCGCCCUCAUUGACUCCAAUCUGAAAGCGGGCUCCUGGGUGGUUUUCCCAGGUGGUGCAGGCGGUGUUGGAAUACAAGGCGUGCAGCUAGCCAAGGCCAUGGGAAUGCGGCCCAUCGUUGUGGACACGGGUAGCGAGAAGCGAUCCUUGUCUCUCAAAAUGGGAGCAGAGGCGUUUGUGGAUUUCAGAGACACGGACGAUACAGCAGAGGCUGUGAUUAGAUUGGCUGAUAAUAUUGGUGUCCACGGGGUCUUCAUCACUGCUCCUGCGGCCUAUAAGACAGCAUUUGACCUUGUUGGUCAGCGAGUGGGAGCUGUCAUCAUGUGCAUCGGAAUACCUACGAAAGACUCGAUGAUAUUCGGCGUUGAACCCCAGGAUUACAUUUUCAAGAACCUAACUAUCAAGGGAUCCUUGGUGGGAAGCCGCAGUGACACGGCAGCGGCUUUGGAAUUUGCGAAGCGUGGUUUGCUCAAGCAAAUCAGUGAGGUUUAUCCGAUUAAUCGACUCCCGGAGGCUGUUGAAAAAUUACGCAAAGGGCAGGUGGCAGGGCGAGUGGUCAUCAACUUCAAUUGGGAAGAAUAUUGA